AUCAAUACCACCAUACUAAAAAUAAUUGUUAGUGUCCUUAUGUUGGUAGUAUUGUUAGUUUGACAAAUGAAAAAAAAUGUCUGUCAAUUGAGUUUGAGUUUUUAACCGGCGAAUUGAUUCGUGUGAAGUUAUUUUCUCAGAUUUGGUGCAAUAUUACUGUAAAUAAACUUUUCUGUCGUUUACGUUGAGUUGAUUAAGUUCCUCCGUAUCGGGCGUGAUAAAGUUUGCUGUUCAGUGUUAUGUUUUUUGUGAGAUAGAGACUCUUUUAAAUAAGCUGUGUUUCAACUUCUACAGAAGUUUAAACUCUUAUUUACUUUUCUGUUUAAUGGGUAUGUUAUCUACUUACUUGAAAUAUUAGAUCUAUUACAAAUCUAUUAUUCAUUAAAAACAACCCUAUGUGAUGAAAAUGUAAAUGUACUUUCAAAACUGGUAAAUGCAUGAACCAGGGCAUUGACACUGGUUGGAGAGAAAUUAUAGGCUUUGUUUAAUUAAUACCUAUUUCAUUUUAGGCUUCUACUGAUAAUGGAGAGUAGAAACAACAAGAAGUGCGUUAUUUGUAAUAAGAGGCGAAGUCGUGGUGGAUCACCCUUACUUUUGAGUAGGUUUCCUCUGGAUUCUGACCGUUGUCGAAUGUGGGUUAAAAAUGCUGGCUUAGAAGACUUAGCAUAUGUACCUAUUGAAAAGUUACACCAACUGAAGUUUGUUUGUGGUGGGCACUUCACUCCUGAAUCCUUCAAUGCCAAAGGAACUCGGCUGAAGAACUCAGCUAUUCCAACACUGGAAUUGAGCAAUCCCAUCUUGCCAGAUGAAGUUUUGACAGAGUUUCCUCUUCAUGUAAAAGACUCCAAUAAAGAAAACCUCAAGACAGUUCUUUAUGAUCAUUGAUAUUGCAUUCCAAAGAAGUCAAAUCCAGUUGAACGAGUUCCCCUUACAACUACAACCAAACAACUAAAUUCAACAUGUUUGGGAGCUGUGGAUAUACCAGAUUCUGGUAUUUCUGCGAAAACAACUUUUGAACCUCUUCCUUCUACUUCCAAUGCACCAGAACAUAUGACCUAUAAACCCAUUACUCAUGAUGAUAAAAACAUUUGCCAUCAAGAUGCACAGGCAGAAAUAUUAGUCCACAGUUAUAAAAGACCUAAGAAAAACAUUGAAAUGAAAGACACUUCAUCAACAUUUACAAUUAAAGAGAAGAGGCUUUGGCGACAGUUACAAAAUGCAAAAAAAACAAUAAGGAAUAUAGCGAAGGUAGUUGCAGAAGAACACAACAGAAAUUUUUUAAAUAUUAAAAAACUGAAUAGUACCAUUGUAAAUCCAACAUUCAAAACUAAGAUGAGGGUGAAGUAUGCUGCGCAUGCUCUGAGUAAUACCGUGGCAGCUAUUUUAAAAAUGAUGGCAUGGAAAGAAGUUUCUGAUUGCAAUGAUACAGCAUUUGUGAUUGAACAGUUAGAUAAACUAUUUGAUUGUACAAAUGGUCCAUCAUCUUUAAAUGACGUAAAGAAAGGGAUCCGGGAAAAUGUUUCCACAUCAAGUAAUCACAUUGAGUCUUGGACCUUUUAUACUGAUAAGUUAAAAACCAUAAAAUUUAUAACAGCAGAAAACACGAUACUAAAAAAUGUUAAAUGCGUAAAGGGAUAUCAAAUAUCUAUCAAAUCCUUAAACGAUAUUUGGGAAAAGUUAAAGAAUGAAGGGUUUAAAUAUAUGAACCUUAGACAGUUUAACCAAGACUCUCUGGAAAACUUAUUUGGAAUCAUUAGGCAACACAGUGUAACCAAUAGAAAUCCCACUAUCACGCACUUUACUGCAGCGCUUAAAACAAGCAUGGUUACUGGGCUGAAAGUGCCUCAUAGCAGAAGUGCUAAUUGUGAAGCAGACAACAAUAAACAUAUGCUGGAAUAUAAAGACAUUUUAAAAACUAAUUUAAAAACAACAGAAAUAAAAAUUAAUGUUCAAGAUUCCACAGACACUGAAUUUUAUCCUGUGUUGUCUAUCCCGGACCCUGAAAACUUAGAACAGCCCAUUGAAAAUUUGUGUAGCCUUGAAAACCAACCAGUAGUAUAUGUAAGCGGGUAUUUAGCUGCCAAACUAUUACAGAACAGUUCUUGUUUAAUUUGUGAAGAGUGUUUGAGCGUGAAAACUCCUGUUGACAAUGAUUUGUAUGCAUAUAUAUCUCUUCGCGAAUGGUGGCAUGAUAAAAAAAGUCUCGUUUAUCCAACAAUUCAAUUAUGUACCACCGUAAAUGAAGCUAAACAAUUUUAUCAUGACCAUAUUGCCGACCAGAUAUAUAUGGAAAAUGUUGGAAAAUUCAUUUUCUUAAUGUUGAGUACAAAUUGUAAUUUUAGUUGGUUUAAAUGUCAACAACAUAAUAAAGAAAUUUAUGAUAAGAUGUUUAAAAUAUUAAGUUACCUUUUUCUAAGAAAAAGUUGUAA